AUGGAUUUUGAGCUUAGUUUGGCUGGUUUAGAAUCAGAAAAUAUAAUUCGCGGUCGUGUAGCUCACAUACCUGGAAAACAAUAUGUCAUUUCCUUACAUAAUGUCAAGAUCCAUCUGUGUGGUGGUACACUUAUUCGUCCUGACGUAGUUUUGACUGCGGCUCAUUGUUUUUACGAGGGUGAAAGUAUCAAGUUCAUAAAUCAACCGUACUAUGUUGACGCAGGAACAACAAAUUUUAAAACCGUAUCAGAUAAAGCUUCCACAAUACGCGUGGCCCAAGUUUACAUUCACAAAAACUUUAAACGGAUUUUGCCUGAAGUAAUACUUUUGAAUGACAUUGCAGUUUUAAAACUUGAAAAAAAAUUUAACGUGGAAAACUCUACAGUAAUUGGUACGGCAGUCUUGUCAAAACAAGUUGACUUUCAAAAUGAAUUUGCACUUGUACUUGGUUACGGUGCUGAUGAAAUUCAUGGUGAUAGUGGUGGUCCUCUGAUGCUUGGAGGUAAGAUUAUUGGAAUUGCGAGUACUGCGCCAAAUGAAAUGUGCGAUGAAACAACAAAUCCAGCAACGUACACCAAAGUCUCACAUUAUUUGAAAUUUAUUCAAGAUGCUAUAAACGAAAAGAUUACUAAAGAUAUUUUGUUUAUAGACCUUCUUCGAGCAAAGGAUUAG